UAGAUAGCUAAAGGGGGAAGAAAAAUGACCGUCUCAUGAGAAGCAAAAGCCAGAGCAUAGCAGAUCUACACUUGUGUCAACUACUUAACAUAGCUUCUUCUGAUAAUUUUAUCCAAUUCAUCGCUUCUCCACAUCGCCGGAGCUGUGGAAAGUGUUAAAGUUGCCCCCUUCGCUUCAGCUUCUUCUUCUUCGUUUUGAUUUCCAAGCUGCUAGAACUUUGUUGUCAUUGCUGGGUGAUAAUGCAAGCUACUCACUGGAAUGCCUUGGUGUGAAUCAAGAUGAUUUUCAAAUCGAAAAUAAAAUGGGCUGCCCUUGGAGGAUUGAUCUUGUCUUUUAUAUCUUUGCUUGUUCACUUGCUUCUUGCCAAAUACUCAAGUGCCGAUCUAGUACAGUACAGUGCAUUUGUGGGUUUUACAGAAGAUAUAAAUCUGAAUAUACAGGGUAGGCAGGGCUCUGGCUACAGUAAGUUGUGGAAAAAUGUGAGAUCUUUGGAUACGUUGCAACCAUAUGCAAAUCCUCGAAGUGAAUAUAUAGUUCCAGCACAGAAGAAUAAUCGUUUCAUUUAUGCAAAAGUGUUUGGUGGAUUUGAGAAAAUAAGAACGGCGAUAUGUGAUCUUGUUGCCAUUUCCAGGCUUCUAAAUGCCACCUUGGUCAUUCCUGAAAUUCAAGCAAGCACCCUGUCAAAAGGCAUUAGCUCAAAAUUCAAGGGCUUUUCAUAUCUCUACAAUGAAGAUCAGUUCAUUGCUGGUCUGACUAAUGAUGUAAAUAUUGUUAGAACCCUUCCUCCCGAGUUUAAUAAUGCAAGGAAAAACAAAAAGUUUCCAAUCUUUAAACCCAAGGGUUCAACUCCUCCAAGUUUUUAUAUUAACGAAGUUUUGCCAAAGUUGAAAGAAACAAAGGUUGUUGGAUUUGUGAUUAAAGAUGGAAGCUGUCUGGAGGCUAUUCUUCCUCCUAGCAUGGCUGAGUAUCAGAGGCUUAGAUGCCGGGUGGCAUUUCAUGCACUUCAAUUUCGUCCAGAAAUUUUAAGCCUUGGUCAACUGAUCAUUAAAAGGUUAAGAGUUUCUGGCCAGCAUUACCUUGCUUUUCAUCCUGGUCUUGUGCGAGAUACAUUAGCUUACCAUGGAUGUGCUGAGAUUUUUCAGGAUGUUCACAGUGAACUUGUACAAUACCGAAGGGCACAGAUGAUCAAGGGAAAAAUACUUAAAGAAAAACUGAAUAUUGAUUCACAUGUUAGAAAGGCAAAUGGAUCAUGUCCCCUCAUGCCUGAAGAGGUAGGUCUCCUCCUUCGGGCAAUGGGUUAUCCUCCUAAUACCAGAAUAUACUUGGCAGGUUCCGAAAUCUUUGGGGGCCAACGGGUUUUGAUCCCUUUACGUGCUAUGUUUACAAACUUAGUUGACCGAACGUCUUUAUGCAGCAAACAAGAGCUGAUGAAUUUAGUUGGACCAGAAGUACAACUUCCCGAGCCACAUUUUGAAUUUUCUCCUUCGAAAAGUGAAAAGAAACUAAAAGAAGAAUGGGACAAGGCUGGCCCACGUCCUCGACCUCUUCCUCCACCUCCGGAGAGACCCAUUUAUCAACAUGAGAAGGAAGGUUGGUAUGGUUGGGUUGCUGAAAAGGAGUCUGAACCUGAUCCGACCCUUCUAGAUUUAAGAAUGGAAGCACAUCGGUUGCUGUGGGCUGCAGUUGAUUAUAUUGUUUCAUUGGAAGCAGAUGCUUUCUUUCCCGGUUUCAAUAAUGAUGGCAGUGGGCCUGAUUUUGCGAGCAUGGUUAUGGGACACCGUCUUUAUGAGAUGGCAUCUGCCAGAACAUAUCGACCUGACAGGAAAUAUCUUGUGGAGCUUUUCAACAGUACCAAAGAUAAUCUUUAUCAUCCGAAGCGCAAUUGGACUCUGUUAGUUCGAGCUCAUCUGAACAAAAGCUUGGAUGAGGAAGGCAUUAAAAGGGAAUUUCUUCUAUCGAAAUCAAAUUCAUUCCUUUCUCUCCCGAUUCCUGAAUGUUCUUGCACUAUAGCAAAAUCCAAGGAGUCUCCAUUUGAAGGAAUCGAGCAAUGCCCCAAAUGGAUGGAAACUGAUCUCAUGAGUAAAAUUCAGCAUAGUAGAUCAAUGGAAGAUAGUGAUGUUGAAGAAGAUAACACAGAUGUAGAAACGCAACCAGAAUCAGAGAAUGAUGAUGAUAAAACUGUAACAAUUCCGUUUCUCGAUCAAGAUGGGGAGAUGGAUCCCGAUGAUUAAGAAACUAUAUCAUAAUAUGUUUAUCUUAAUUCUCUUGGCGUUGAUACAGAGCGAGCUAUCGGAGAACAAAUGGUUGCAGGAAGAUUUUUGUCGUUUUUUUUGUAUUUUUUUAUGUGUUUUGUAGAUUUGACCAUAUAGAUAAUUCUUUGAGUCUGAACAGGAGAUUCGUUUAUAAAAGAGAAGAAAGACUUGUCCAUUGCCCACUGGCUCAGAUUGAUGAGGUUCUGUUUAUAAAUGUGUUUUUUUUUCUUCAUUUCUCUUUAACAAAAUAUAUACACAUUUGCCCCAUCACAUGUAUAACAAGUUUAUUCAACUUUUCAUUUUA